AAGUUUACUUUCUUCUUCACAAAAUGUAGAUCGUUGUACUUUUCUCAGGUCAAAAUAACAACUCAGACUGCCCCAUAUUUCAUCGUCUCCAUUCUCCCCUGUAAAUUCAACACAAUUCCCAUAAAUUCUAACCAAACAAACACCCCCUUUUCUUCUUCCUAAGAAAGCAUCCGUCUUUUUCCCUCCUUUUCCUCUCCGAAAUGGCGAUACAGUGGGUACUGUUAUGCCACGGCCUGGCGACACUGCUAGUGGUGGUGUCCUUCCUCUGCGGCCAGUGGCCCAUCUUCGAAGGAACACCCAUCAGCAGCAUCCAUCGCUUCCUCACCUUUGGGGCCUACCAAUACUUCCUCCGCUUUGUUGGGGCAGUGUUUGGGAACAGGGGCACGAAUGCGGUUCUUUUCGUUGAGUAUUUUUGUUGUGAUCGGCCUAACCCCAUCUUGCAGUUUAUAUACUUGGCAAUUAUAGGAGGAACUUAUUACAUUAUUAUAAAGUCAUCUUUUGGCUAUCUUCCUGGGUAUUAUCUAAGUGAAGUUCAUAAGUAUACAAGCUUGUUGGCUGUUGGAAUUGGCAUUCUUCUUUUUAUAUUGGCUAGCUUUUCUGAUCCAGGGACCAUUAAGGCAGAGAAUGUUUCACAAUAUAUAUUAGCCUAUCCCUAUGACAAUAUCAUAUACUCAGAGAAGGAAUGCUCGACUUGUAAAAUUCCAAAACCUGCUAGAUCGAAACAUUGCAGCAUUUGCAAUAGAUGUGUUGCUAGGUUUGAUCAUCAUUGUGGAUGGAUGAACAAUUGUAUAGGGGAGAGAAAUACAAGAUACUUUGUGGCUUUUCUUUUGUGUUAAAUCUUUGAUUUUUACUGGAAGUCUGGAGACUCUGACCUUCCAACUUACAUUUUUGGAAACUGGCUAUAGUGAUAAUUUACAUCUAGUCAAUGCUGGAGCAGCAAUGUCUAUUUCACCAUUCUUCUUCUUUUUUUUUUUUAUUCCUUCUUUUGAAAUUUAUUUUAAACACAUUUUUAGUGUUCUGCAGGCAUUUCCUCCUUUGUUUGUAUGGUACAGCUGCUAUUGCCUUGCUUCU